AAGACUCCUCCCACAAGCAUCCGAUGCUGUCUUUCGCCCUCGGGCGUCGUGACGUGGCACUCCUCCCGUCCCUUGCCUCCUCCCUAUUUUUUUUCCUUUCUUGAGACGCCCAGUCCCGGACUUCCGGGGUCCUUUUACGACACCCAGGUCUCAGAGUUGGUCCGCUUUUCGGCAAAGUGACGUGGACGUCAACAGCAAUGGCGGCAGGAGAAGAGGUCCCACCGCUGCUAACGUCGAGCGGUGACAGCUGGGAAAAAGACCUUGAAGAAGCUUUGGAAGCAGGAGGUUGUGAUCUAGAAACUUUGAGAAGUAUAAUUCAAGGGAGACCACUGCCUGCUGAUCUGAGGGCCAAAGUUUGGAAGAUUGCUCUUAAUGUUGCAGGAAAAGGUGAUAGUUUGGCAUCAUGGGAUGGUAACUUAGACCUGCCAGAACAGAACACUGUUCAUAACAAUUGUCAAGAGCUUAUUGACCAGCUUUCAGUGCCAGAGGAGAAGUCAGCAGCAUUACUUUUGGAUAUUGAAUCUGUAAUUACCUUUUAUUGUAAAUCACGUAACAUUAAAUAUAGCGCAUCCCUUAGCUGGAUACAUCUACUCAAACCGUUGGUGCAUCUUCAACUGCCACGCAGUGAUUUAUACAACUGCUUUUAUGCUAUCAUGAAUAAGUACAUUCCCAGGGAUUGUUCCCUGAAGGGGAGACCAUUUCAUCUCUUCCGUUUACUUAUCCAGUACCAUGAGCCUGAACUUUGUUCUUUUCUUGAUACAAAGAAAAUUACUCCAGACUCCUAUGCACUCAACUGGCUUGGAAGCCUUUUUGCAUGUUACUGUUCCAUUGAAGUCACUCAGGCAAUAUGGGAUGGAUAUCUACAACAAGCAGAUCCAUUUUUUAUUUAUUUCUUAAUGUUAAUAAUCCUUGUUAAUGCAAAAGAAGUUAUUUUAGCACAGGAGUCAGACAGCAAAGAAGAAAUUAUCCAGUUCUUGGAAACUACUCCAUCCAGUUUGAAUCUAGAAGAUAUAGAAGACCUUUUUUCUCUGGCUCAGUAUUAUUGCAGUAAAACACCAGCUUCAUUUAGGAAGGAUAACCACCAUCUAUUCGGCAGCACUUUGUUGGGAAUUAAGGAUGACGAUGCAGAUCUGAGUCAGGCUCUUUGUCUGGCUGUCUCAGUGUCAGAGAUCCUUCAAGCAAACCAGCUGCAAGGGGAAGGAGUCCGGUUCUUCGUGGUGGAUUGCCGCCCUGCAGAACAGUAUAAUGCUGGGCAUUUAUCAACUGCUUUCCACUUAGAUUCAGAUCUGAUGCUCCAGAAUCCAUCUGAAUUUGCACAGUCAGUAAAAUCCUUGCUCGAAGCACAGAAGCAGUCCAUCGAGUCCGGCUCCAUAGCUGGUGGAGAGCACCUCUGUUUCAUGGGCAGUGGCAGGGAGGAAGAAGACAUGUAUAUGAACAUGGUCCUGGCACACUUUUUACAGAAAAACAAAGAGUAUGUGAGCAUUGCCAGUGGAGGUUUUAUGGCACUGCAGCAGCACCUGGCAGACAUUAAUGUGGAUGGACCAGAAAGUGGAUAUGGCCAUUGGAUUGCAAGUACCGCAGGCUCAAGGAGCAGUAUCAGUUCUGUUGAUGGUGAAUCUUCUAAUGGUGCAAAUGAUAGAGGAAUGAAAUCACUAGUAAAUAAAAUGACUGUUGCUUUGAAGACAAAAUCCGUUAAUGUCAGGGAAAAAGUUAUCAGUUUUAUUGAGAAUACUUCAACUCCUGUGGACCGAAUGUCUUUCAAUCUUCCUUGGCCAGACAGAACAUGUACAGAGCGGCAUGUGAGCAGCAGUGACAGAGUGGGCAAGCCUUACCGUGGUGUGAAGCCUGUUUUCAGCAUUGGGGAUGAAGAAGAAUACGACACAGAUGAAAUUGACAGUUCUUCAAUGUCAGAUGAUGAUAGAAAGGAGGUUGUAAACAUUCAGACUUGGAUAAACAAGCCAGACAUCAAGCAUCAUUUUCCUUGUAAAGAAGUGAAAGAAAAUGGACACAUGUUUCCUAGUCACCUCUUAGUUACUGCAACACAUAUGUACUGUUUAAGGGAGAUUCUUUCACGGAAAGGACUGGCUUAUAUACAGUCUCGACAAGCGUUAAAUUCUGUAGUUAAAAUUACGUCCAAAAAAAGACAUCCUGAGCUAAUUACCUUCAAGUAUGGAAACAGCAGUGCUUCAGGAAUAGAAAUCUUGGCAAUUGAAAGGUAUUUGAUUCCAAAUGCAGGGGAUGCUACCAAAGCCAUAAAACAACAGAUCAUGAAAGUUUUGGAUGCUUUGGAAAGUUAAUAUAAAAGAAGAUUUUUUAAAAAGAAAUGAAGGCAGCCAAGAGAAACAUGGACAUCUUUUCCUGACUGAAUACUAACCGGAGGCCUUUCAUGUGCUCGUGGGGGUGCUUGAAUAACAGGUCUAAGAAAGUGUAAAUUACUAUAAUCAAUCUUGGACAGUUAAACAUUUUUUUGCAAUUUUCUUUUGCAUUUUUGGUUUUGUAAAAUAAUUUACUAUAAAGGUCAGUUACUAAGUGAGUUUGAAGUAACUGACCCAUGCCUUCAUGGAUCAAGGGUGCAGAAAGCAGUUCUGUUUUGAAGAGCUGUUUUAAUGGAACAUGCAUCACUUUCAGGUUUAAAAACAACCAUACACAUAUAUACUUGCAAUGUCUUCACUGAAAAUUAGAGAUUGAUGAAGAGACCCCUUUAUUUAGUUUUUCCCGCUGAGCAAUAUCAGAAACUAAAAAGUAUUAUGUAGGUUAAUAAUUAUCUCACUGUUUCGGUUCUUAAAAAAAGAGUGAAAUCUUUUUAAUGAAAUAGGUGGAGAGUCCAGCUAACUCAGAAAUGCAUCAGCUAGUGAAAUGUUGAAACAUCAGAUUCUAAAUCACUUUUGCACCAUUAACUAAUAAUUUGAACACAGUGCUUCAGAAAUAAUAAACCUGACCUAAUGGUUUCUAAGGAGCAGUUAAAAGUUUUAUAAUAGGUAGGCAUGUUAAGACUAAAAUUAACAUUUUGGGGUCAGAAUUGUAUCUGUAAAAAUGUCAUUGGUCUUUAUUACAAGUGAAAUAUUUGAUUUAGGAUAUUUCAGAACAAGUGUUGAGCACACAUUUAUCCUCACUGAGAUCGUGGGCUGUGGCCACACUGACUUUCGCUUCCAUACAGCCACAUAAUCAGAGCGCUUUAUCAACACUUUAAUUGUUCUUAUCACUGACUGCAAUUUAUCUUCUUUUGGUUUUGUCUUCUCUUGUUAAAGUUUCAGUGGUUUGAAAAUAUUUUUCUUUUAAUAUGACAAAACUGAAAAGUGAUCUGCUUUAUUUUGCAGCUUUCUCAAUUUGUUGAGGUGCAUAUUAGAUACAGUUGGUGACAAAUCCGGGAAUGCAUUUGGAGCCAUGAAAUGACUUUUUGUAAAAUCUAUUUGGGAAAUAGCAAAUCCACACUAUCUGUCAUGCCCUAAAUGUAGUGGGUUAUCUUUGAGGAUUGAUAGGAGAAAUAUUUAGACGCACCCUGUUAACAGCCAGUUAUUUUAAUUUACUUAAUGGAAAUCAAGUGAAUAAAAAGCAACAUAAUUCAAGAAAUUUUAUUCUAAUAUCUAAAUAAAAACAGUUUAAUUGAGUGGUUGAAGACAUUUGCAUGAAAUUGCACCUGGUGCAAUUCUUGAUAUUUAUAACUCUCCCCUACAACUGUUGUAUCGCAUCUUUCCUUUUCUUGGUGCCCCCUUUAGAAAUGUCCUGAGGUCUGAUUUUUCACCCACUUCAGCCAUGGAACUUUUUUCAUAAUAUUAAUGUAAAGAUGUUUGUGUUACUGUUUGUAAAUUAAAAUUGUAAAUAAACAAGUACAGUUUGC